AUGCUGGGCUUCCUGAGCCAGCUGCGGGACUUCCUGCUGGUCUACAACCGGAUGACCGAGCUCUGCUUCCGUCACUGCGUCUCCAACCUCAACUACCGGCUGCUCACCGGGAGCGAGGAGAGGUGCCUGGACAGCUGUGCCGGGAAGCUGGUCCAUGCCAACCACCGCCUGAUGCGUGCCUACGUGGCGCUGAUGCCCUCCAUCAUGCAGCGCCGUGUCGCCAACUACGAGGCCAGUGCAGCUCUGGCAUCGCAGGGACCGGCCCCGGAGGGUGUCGAGAGCCUGCCAGCAGUGGCCGAGUCUGUUCUGCGCCUCGCGGAGCUGGAGCUGGAGAGGGGCACCAAAGCAGAAAUCACAAUGCCUGCCCUUCCAGACAGGAGAGUUCCCGCCUGA